AUGCCAUUACAGCCAAAACCUCAGUCACCCACGAAUGACCGUCCAAAGCAAAGAAACAUUGAACCAAACCCUAUGCCUAAAGCCGACCCACUUGUUAAUCGGCCAUCUUCACCUAUUCCUGUACUUGAAGUAGCUGCCGUUGUUUUCGAAAAAAAUCAAGCUAUCAUUGACAUGAAAAUUAAACCAACCGAAUCCGAUGAAUCUGCUGAUAAUGAUAUUAAAGACAAAGAUGAUGAUAUUGUCUAUCCAGCGGGUGUCACUGAUCGUCACCCAUACAAAACUGUCGCUCAAUAUCGACGAAUGAUAGGAAAAUCGACUGAUUUCAAUGCCCAACCUCUUUGCAUUGGUGAAGAUCAAACAGAAACAACUGUUCUCGGUUUGAAUAGUUUUGCUGAAAAACAUGGCUGUGAAUUGAUAUUCACCGAUGAAGAUCAUCGAUUCGACAAUAGUAUCUAUCGUGCUGCCUGUGGUGUAGCCGAUUUAGGAAGUAUUCAUCUCUUGGCGACUGAUGCAGUGCAAACAGCGAAUUUUUGCUUUAUUAUGGAUUUCGAUUUUAACAAUAUCAACACUACGUAA